GAAAACGGUAAAUCGAUCGUUCAGCAGGUUAAUUUGUUUUUAUGUUACAUAUAAUCUAAUUAUAAAUAACUGAUCACUAUUUUAAUUAUAAAUAACUGUUGUGACGAAUUGAACAUGGCUAUAAUUAACAAGCUUCAACCCUGUGUAGUUGACGGAAACGUGAAUGAAUAUGUAUUCGGGGAUAGAUGAUGGCUUUUCGAUCAUAUAAUUGUGUAUGUAUGUCGUCAGAGCAGUGAGUUGACAUAAAUAAUAAACAAUCAAUUACAGGUACUUCAUUAGUGCAAAUUGUAUUUAUGUGUGUUGUUGCUUGCCUUAAAUGAAAUAUCAUCGCCUAGGGUAUGGGGCCCUUAAAUGUUAAUGUAAACAGACGUUGUAUAUUCACUAUGAUCUUCAUUUUAGCAUGAUAAUGUCCCUUAUUGUUCGUAGAAACAUGUGGUCCAAGUUUUCGUCAUCGUCGGAUACCCACGUUCGACCCAUUCCGCUACUCUCCAUUUAUCGACCGUGGGACAAUACGAACUGUUUUCACCGUUUUAGGGUGUGUCAAAUCCAGUAAUUUCAUUGGAUCCCUCACGGUUUCAUGAGGGAUCCAAUGAUAUUUUUGACCAAUGAUACAACUCGUUCUUUAGAGACUUCGGGUUUGUUGUCAAAAUGGCGUCGUCCGUAGAAAUGGAUUCUCGUCGUGCAUGCGAAUACUUUAAAAUUGAGAAUUUAAACGACUUUCAGAGUAAAAGUAUCUCAAAUCUCUUAAAUGGGCGCGAUGUCUUUUUAAGCACUCGGACAGGUGGAGGGAAAAGCUUGGUGUAUCAGAUUUAUCAAUUUAUCAAAAGAGAACAGUGCACUGGCUGUCAAGUUGUUGUCGUUACUCCACUUUUGUCAAUAAUGAAAGAACAAUCAUCGUCGGAUACCCACGUUCGACCCAUUCCGCUACUCUCCAUUUAUCGACCGUGGGACAAUACGAACUGUUUUCACCGUUUUAGGGUGUGUCAAAUCCAGUAAUUUCAUUGGAUCCCUCACGGUUUCAUGAGGGAUCCAAUGAUAUUUUUGACCAAUGAUACAACUCGUUCUUUAGAGACUUCGGGUUUGUUGUCAAAAUGGCGUCGUCCGUAGAAAUGGAUUUUCGUCGUGCAUGCGAAUACUUUAAGAACAAUGUGAAUACCUGACUUCCCUCGGAUUCAAAGCUACGUUUAUCGGACGAGAUCCUAAUGAAGAAUCAGAUAUUUUAUCUGGGAUGCAUGACUUUAUUUAUUCUUCCCCGGAGAGUCUUCUUGGCGUUCAAAAGUGGAGGGACAUGAUGGCGAACAGUACUUCCAUUAAACUUAUUGUUGUGGAUGAGGCUCAUACAAUAAUACAAUGGGGAGAGGCAGACAGUGAGCAGGAGAAGGAGCCAUUUCGCGAGUGGUUUGGGAAGUUAGGAGAAGUUCGUUCUUUGGUCGAGUGUCCCAUCUUAUUAAUCACUGCCACGGCAAAUAAAGCUGCUCGAACUAAAGUGAAACAACUAUUUUGUAUGCAAAAAUGUUUUGAAAUUGUUGACAGUCCAGAUCGUCCAAAUAUCAAAUUAUUCUGUCAUAGGUAUACGGGAAGCUUGCCUCUUAGUUUAGUGUUCAAGUAUUUGGUAACUUCAAUCAAAGACAAGAAAGAAAAAAGUGAAAGAUACCUUAUAUUUUGUACAUCCAUAAAAAAUUGCACUGAUGUGUAUACAAUGUUAAGAAUGGAACUGGAUAAAGACAUAAACUAUGUGCAUAUGUAUCAUUCCCAGACUGCAGAAAAUGUCAAGGAGGUUAUAAAAAAAGACAUGGGACAUGAUGAUGGCUUGAUUAGACUGUUAGUGGCAACUAGUGCUGCUGGCAUGGGCGUUAAUUUUAAAGGGGUAAAUCAAGUAAUAAACUAUGGGGUUCCGAAGAACAUGGAUACUUUUGUUCAGCAGUUGGGAAGGGCAGGUAGAGAUGGAACUCAGGCUAUGGCACUUUUAUUAUAUUGUGGCAGACAGUGUAAAGGUAUUGAUAGUGAUAUGAAGAAUUACAUAAGUGAUGAUUCAAAAUGUCGCAGGAAUUUGUUAUUGAGUGCAUAUAAUACUGAUGUUAAUAAGGGCCUGCUAAAGCACUUGUGUUGUGAUAUUUGUGAACAACAAUGUGAUUGUGGUAGUCCGGACUGUAAAUUGUACGCCCAUCCUGUUGUUCAAGCUUUGACAGAGGACAUAUCUGAUGUUGAAACAAGCUCUUCUAGUUCAGAAAGUUCCAACAGCUUUAGUGAUUUUAGUUAAUGGAAUGGAUAUUAUUUGUAGACAUUUAGGCAUUACAUUUGUUCAUUUUAAUCCGUUUUCGGCAAUAAUAUGUGAUUAAUCAGGUAUGUCACCUGACAUAUACAAUGUACUGUAGCAACCUUAACACAUUUUAAUUGUUUUGGUACAUUUUCAUAUUAUUUUUGUUUGAAAGAAUAAAAUACUUUUUAUCAA